AGUGUUGGUCUGUUAUUCGUGUAUAGACGUUAAAAAAUCAGUGAUCAACAUAAUGUGUUUACCUCUUGGUUGUUUCUCUACACUUUAAUUGUGAUCAUCGUCAACAACAAUUUUGCAAAUAAUAUUAUCUGCUGUGUUGAUUGAAAUAUUGUAAAAACCUUCAUCUGAUUUUAAAUAUUGAUUCCAGUGAAAGGAAAUAGUUUUAUUUACAUUUUAAUGUGCAUUUUCACCCUAACUCGUCAUUAUUAUUUUCUUGUGUUUUUUUGUGGCAACAGGUGAAUUAAUAAUAUCAUCUAUAGUAAAUUGAAAUCAUUGUUUAGCUUGAAUUGAGGGUGGAAACAGCGUGGAUGAAAACGUCAUGAAGAUUGAGCUUGAUCCAUGAUAAUUCUCACCAUUGGAUUUUAGUGGAAAGCUCAAGUUUGAUCAAUCUAAAAGGAGUAUGUUUUAUUGAUAAUUUAGCUGUUCAAUCGUUGUAUCAGGCGUUGGAAGGAUUAAACAGUGGAAAGGUUGAAAUUAACCUUGAAAAACAAUUCACAUUAAAAGUUAACACCAAAGUAUCUAAACCUCUAUUACUAAAAGGUUCAAAAGGAUUCAACACAUUAAACAACAUUGGGAUAGAGCGCCAAGAUAACAAUCAAUAACCCGAUUACUAACUGAGGUUAUCAAAAGAAACAAAAAAUAUGGCAACUAAUGAAAAGAAAAUGAAAGAAAAUUCAAAAGAUUUCACUUCUCUUUCCUCUCAACAAAUGUUUCCAGUUAAAAAAUUACCAGUUGAAUCUCAUGUUGACUCAGUUAAUGUUCCUGGUGUUAUCACCAAGCUGGAUGUAGCUUGUCUAGCUGGUUCGCCUAGCAACAUGGGUAAAUCCGACAUGGACGAAUCCUUAGUCUCUAAUGAGGCUGUACCCACAACCAAAUAUGAAGAAUUGUCAGAUCUUGUCCAGACAAGAUCAUCUGUGCGUGAUAAGAUUUACCGUUUUGUACAAAAUAUUUUUUUCCGAAUUGCAACCUUAAUCCUUAUUAUUAUUGAUUGUGCUUUAACGGUUAUCGAUCUCUCCUUGGGUGAUAAAAGUCCCCAAGACCAAGACAUCAUUGACAUCGUGGUUCUCAUUUUUGCAAUCAUCUUUUUUGUAGAAGUGUGUCUCCGAAUCUAUGCAAUCGGGGUGGAUCAUUUUUUCAUUGAUUGGUACAAUUGUGUUGAUUUUGUAGUUAUCAUUAUGAGCUUUUUGAUAACAUGUAUCUAUGUAAACGUGAACGGAAAUAGCAGUUAUGCUAAGUUGAUUGUAUUGGUGCGGUUAGUUCGGGUUAUGGUACUCGUAAGGUUAAUUCGUGUUGUCACUGAACCUAAGAACAUACAAAAAGGUGUUCGGAUGGUUGUCUCUGAAAAUAAGAGACGUUAUCGUGGUGAUGGUUUCGAUCUUGAUUUAACCUACAUUACACCCAGAGUAAUUGGAAUGUCUUUCCCUUCAUCUGGAUCAUGGGCUUUCUAUCGAAAUCAUAUCAAAGAUGUUUCCAAAUUUUUCGACUUGAAACAUGGUCCAGAUAAUUAUAAAAUUUAUAAUCUCUGCUCUGAGAAAGGUUAUGAUACUACACAUUUCCAUGGAAGAGUUGCUCGAUACCCAAUAGAUGACCAUAAUGUACCAACAUUGGAUCAAAUGAUGAAGUUUGUUGAAGAUGUUAAAGAAUGGUUGGGUCAAGAUGAAAGACAUGUCAUUGCUGCUCAUUGUAAAGGUGGCAAAGGUCGAACUGGAACAAUGAUUUGUGCUUGGUUAAUUUAUAAUGGUCAUUUUGAUGAGUGUAAAGAUGUACUACAGUAUUUUGCAGAUCGGCGAACUGAUACUUCAGUUGGUAAAAAAUACCAAGGAGUAGAGACACCAAGUCAAGCUAGAUAUAUUGAUUAUUUUAGUCGUGUUAUUAGCCAGUUCAAUGGUAAAAUACCAGAUUCCAAAACAGUAACUCUGAAAAGUAUCAAUAUUGAAGGUAUCUCAACAGUUGGAUCAGGUGAUGGUUCAGAUUUAAGUGCUUCUAUAUUGAUUGACCGAUCAGAGACGUUUAAUCUUGAUUUUGGAACUGAAACCAAUUGCACCGCAUUUUAUAAUAAAGCUGAAGAUAUACUCAUUAUAACGCCUAAAAAUUGCCCAGUCCUGAAGGGAGAUGUGCGAAUCAAAUUCAAUUGCAGAACCAAAAGUGUUCCAAGAGCCUACGAGGAUUGUGCCUUUUAUUUUUGGUUUAAUUGUAAUUUCAUUGAGUGUAACAGUUUAACGAUACCCCGUUCUGAGCUUGACAAUCCUCACAAGUCAAAAACUUGGAAAAUUUAUACAGAAAAGUUUAAGAUUGUUUGUAAUUUUGAAUAACAUACUAAUUAAUAAAAAUAAUUUAUUUGUUUGUUC